CUUAGAAGAGCUGUUUGUAAGUAUUAGCCCCUGGCUUCACUGCUAACAGCCGCGGCUCCGCAGUAUGCCUAGUUUGAGAUGACGAGCCGCUAAAAUAAUAGUUGUCGGGCUAAAGUAAUAGUUGUCGGCUCGAAAUAGUCCAGCAACUGUAAAACCAGCACAGCCAUUGACUGGAAGACCGACCACCUACCGGUUCCUUCUCUCGUUAUAUUUAAAGCCGCUCCUCCGAGGGUUGCAGAACAGCCACGCCUCCUUCCACAGUCACUGCAACGUCCUAAGUAGCCGCUUCCAGAAGUGACUCGGAAUCACCCACACCUCUCACCGACGACGUACUGGCUGGCCAGCUUCGGGUGCUCGCCUGACUAACCGUUCAUCACCUACCCCUGCCGCUGCUUAGAGGACACUUGAGGAGCACCAGCUGGCAGCCACUACCCAGUGGGCGUCAGGGCCCUCUGCUGGGAACGCCCCCCUAUUGGCUGUGCUGACGGCGAGGAGGGCGCUGAUUGGGCGACCUGGAAGAAGCCGGCUCCCAACUGUGUGAGGAACCCAUGGCGGCAGCGAACCUUCGAGCGGAGCUGGAUUCGCUGCUCCUGCAGCUGCUCGGGGACCUGGAGGAACUGGAGACCAAGCGCGCGGCGCUGAACGCCCGGGUGGAAGAGGGCUGGCUCUCGCUUUCCAAAGCUCGCUACGCUAUGGGUGCCAAGUCGGUAGGGCCCUUGCAGUAUGCCUCCCGCAUGGAGCCGCAGGUCUGCGUCUGCACCAGCGAGGCCCAGGAUGGACUCCAGAAGUUCUGGUUGGUGAGAGCCGGCGCCAGGACUCCAGAGGAGGUGGGGCCUCGCGAGUCAGCUCUGCGUAAGCGCAAGGGUCCCACCAAGACGGCAGAGCCAGAACCUUCCCCAGCUCCCCAGGACCCUCUGAACUGGUUUGGAAUCCUUGUUCCUCACAGUCUGCGGCAGGCUCAAGCCAGCUUCCGGGAGGGUCUGCAGCUGGCUGCAGACAUGGCCAGCCUUCAGAUUCGAAUCGACUGGGGUCGAAACCAGCUACGGGGGCUCCAGGAGAAACUCAAGCAGCUGGAGCCUGGGGCUGCCUGACCUGCCACCACAACGGCAGGGCAGUGAGCAUAGCUGUUCCUUAAUGUGGCUGCCUUAUCUCAGGCCUUCUUCCUUCACAGAUCCCCCACCCCCACCUCCCCAGUUAGUUCCACCUCAUUAUUUCUCUGGUCCUCAUGUUUCCAACUUUGUUAGGAGGGAAAAUUUGAAGAGGCAAGCUGAUUAAUGUUGAAAGGCACUUCCCUGAAACUAUCUUUAGACUUGUUUUCUCCUAGGUUAGUUCACAUCACUCAACAACUGUAACAACAUCGUGAGUAACUCAGCUGGAGUUCUUCAUUAUAGGAUGAGAUACUGCACAGCUAGUGGCAGGAAAGGACAAGAAGUUGGUGCCUCAGUUUCACUAGAUCCUCAAAACCGAUUUUGAUUGAGGAAAAACAAUUUUACACAGCUAACAGAUCGGGAAGAAUGAUUAAUAAAAUAAUAAAAAACACAGACACCUGAGUAGAUAGAUGAGUAACCCUCGUCAGAAAGUGAAACGAAUCUGACCCAGAUUUUCAAGGGAACUCUAUCAAGAGACCUUUCAGGUUUUUAAAAACCUGCCUAAAAGUUUUCUUUUCGAGAGUGUCUUUUAAUUUGUUGAAGAGCCAGGAACUCUGUGACUUGCUUCAUUUCCCUGCUGGCUUGUUGGUACUUUUAGCAGUUUGUAAGAGCUAAUGGUUAUGUUCGGGAGUUAUUUUUUCAUAAUAUGAGAUAUAAAUGUUUAUUCCCAGUUUGUCUUUAAUUUUGCUCGCAAUGUUUUUAAAGAAAAAAAAACUUUUAUUAUAAAAUAAAACACAUUACAUUAAACAGCACAGACCAA